AUGGCAAAAAAACUCCAGCAACUUGCUCUUGUAUUCUUCCUAUUAUUGCUAACAUUUAAUGGUAGAGCUCAACAAAAUCGAGUACAUGAUGUGACUUUUUACGGUGCUAAGCCUAAUGAAAAGACUGAUAUUAACCAGGUUUUCUUGAAGGCAUUUAAUGCUGCGUGCAUUUCCCUCAAACCUAGUAAAGUUUUGAUCCCCAAAGGAGAAUAUUAUUUAGGCAAUAUUACUUUAGAAGGUCCUUGUAAGGCUCUUAUUGUAGUUGAAGUUCGGGGAAACUUAUUAGCCUCUCAAGACAUUAAAGAAUUCAAAGGUAUUGAUAGUUGGGUUACCUUCCAAUACAUUGACCACUUUACCUUGCUUGGUGGGGGAGUUUUUGAUGGCCAAGGUGCUAUUGCUUGGGCCAUAAAUGAUUGUCACAAGAGCACAAAAUGCAAAAAAUCUCCUAUUUUAAGCUCGUGA